AUGUCGAGUUACGGCAGUAUCUCUCCCUCGGACGAAGGAUUCGACCGAUAUGAGCCUCCCUUCUAUUGUCCACCUAGUCAUCAAGGAAGCCCCAUGGACGGCGGAGUGUACUGGCCUGGAGUCGAGCCCGAGUUCGACUCCCGGGACGUGUACCACGACAACCAGCACUACAUCUCCAGGAGCUACGGUUACGACGACGUGAACAUGUCCAACGACCCCUACGAAGGCUUCCAGAACGUGCACCAGAACUACAUGCAGAACAACAUAGGCAUGGACUGCGAGCUCCAGCUACCCCGCUACCCCCGCCCCGCUGGCCCCUCCUUCGUCCGCGUGGUCAAGCGGCGCAGCACGGCCAACAAGAAGGAGCGCCGGCGCACGCAGAGCAUCAACACUGCCUUCACGGACCUGAGGGAGUGUAUACCCAAUGUGCCGCCUGACACCAAGUUAUCUAAGACGGCAGUGCGGUCGGCGGGCGUGAACGCUGCGUUCUCGCUGCUGCGCGCACGCAUCCCGCGCGUCGCGCCCGACACUAAACUAUCCAAGAUCAAAACGCUUCGACUGGCCACCUCCUACAUCUCGUACCUCCUCAAGGUCCUAGAGACGGACGGGGAACCGGCAGGAGGCUUCAGAGCUGACCUGCAUCACGCGCAACCGCGCCGGAGAGCUGACACACAGAGCACAGCAGAGAAGAGAGGGAACGGGCGAACGGGCUGGCCGCAGCACGUGUGGGCGCUGGAGCUCAAAACAGAACAGAACCUGAAGACCUAGCUCUAGGUCUAGGUCUAGACCCAGAGCCUGUGACAGU